CGGAAACAGCGUUUCCAACCCACGUGUUAGAGUGUACAGUGAGCACCAUGGAGAGCCGUCUUGAACUAGUGGUGGGGUGCUAUGAGCAGAUACUGUUUGGGUUUCAAGUGCAGCCCCAGGAGGAGGAAUGGCAAGCCACAGCAGAUUUUACCCAUCAUGCCCAUACUGCCUCACUGUCAGUAGUGGCUGCAAACAACAGAUUUGUAGCAACUGGGAGCAAAGAUGAAACUAUUCAGAUUUAUGACAUGAAAAAGAAAGUGGAACACGGAGUCCUACUGCACCACAAUGGUACAAUCACAUGCUUAGAAUUUUAUGGUAACACACACCUUCUCAGUGGGGCUGAAGAUGGAUUGAUUUGCGUAUGGAAUACUAAGAAAUGGGAAUGCCAGAAAACCUUCAAAGCUCACACGGGACAGGUCUCUUCUCUUUCCAUCCAUCCUUCUGGGAAACUGGCCUUAUCUGUGGGAACAGAUAAAACCUUAAGAACCUGGAAUCUAGUAGAGGGUCGUUCCGCUUUUAUUAAAAAUAUCAAACAAAAUGCACAUAUAGUCCAGUGGUCUCCCGAUGGAGAGAAAUAUGCAGUGGUAAUUCAUGAUAAAGCAGAUGUGUACAAACUGGAAAAUGCCUCGAUUAUUGGCACUAUACAUAAUCCCAAAAGGAUCUCUUCAAUACAAUUCAUUACAGAUACAAUUCUAGCUGUAGCUGGAGAUGAAGAAGAGAUCAGACUGUACAACACUGACUCACAGAAAUGCAUUUGUGAGUUCAAAGCUCAUGAAAACAGGGUAAAGAAUCUCCAUACUUUUCAAUUUGAAGGCUCUACAAUAAUUGUGUCAUCAUCAAGUGAUGGUUAUGUAAAGAUGUGGAAACUUGACAGAGAAAAUUUGCAGAAUGCUCCAUCCUUGCUUUGCAAAGUCAGUACAUCAGCGAGACUUACAUGUGUUUCAGUGUGGCAAUCUGGAGUUGAGGAUAAGGAAAAAUCCACUGAAGAUGCCACUCCUGACCAACAUUCUCAGACUGCCAAGAAGAAACCCAAAUCAAAGAGAGACACAACAGAGGAUACAGAAGAAACAGAAACCCCAGUUGUCCAAAAAAAACGGAAACUUGAAAAUAAACAAAAGAAGAAAAAGGGACAACAAAGUAGUGCAUGAACGACCAGCCCAUUUUAUUAAAAUUAGUGUUAUUCACUUUAAACAUACAGUGGAUAUACUUUUUUUUUUUAAUCUGAAUCUUGUUUGCAUUCUAAAGAACUGGUAAAUACAUCUAAAAUAGAGAUUAAGGAAAAUUCCACUCUUCAGACCAAGAAUAUGCAUUUUGUAGACAACUUUGUAACAUGCCUAUUCUGUGUAUAAAAAUCUCUAGUCUAGUGCGGGCAAUAAUCUUUCUCACAUUGGUAAUUGCUUCUGAAGUGUAACAGUUGUCUGCUCCAAUGUGCCAAUACAGGAUUAAUGGUACACCCUAAAUGCAUUUGUUUUCUUCAUUAUUAAGCAACCACAGUUCAGUGUGAAUAUUAUCUAUUUUUAUAUAAUAAUGUAUAUCUUCAUUGUGUGCAUACCAUGUAAUUAAGUUAUGGUAAAUAAAUUAACUUGUAGGUAUCAAU